GUUUCUCGCUGCUUUCUAUCUGUUUUACUGCUAUUUAACAAAUAACAUGGAGCCACUGCAUGAAUUCAGACCUUACGGUUUUGAUAAAGUCUCUCUGUAUGAUCUAUUAACAUCAGCAGUAGAUAAAGCCCUUGAGAGUGAGAAUGGACAGCUGGAUCUGUUCCUGCGGUUCCUGCUGGGCGUCUCACUGGAGUCCAAUCAGAGACUCUUACAGGAUCUACUGACACACACAGAGAACAGCUCAGAGAGCAUCAGGAGAACCACACAGUACAUUAAAGAGAAGAUCAGAGAUGGACAUGGACUCUCCACUGAAAGAUCCAUCAAUCUGUUCCUCUGUCUGCUGGAAGUGAAAGAUCAGACUCUGUCCAGAGAGAUUCAGGAGUUUGUGAAAUCAGACAAACACUCAGAGAAGAAACUCUCUCCUGCUCACUGCUCAACAAUCACCUACAUGCUUCAGAUGUCAGAGGAGCCGCUGGAUGAGCUGGACCUCAAGAAAUACAACACAUCAGCUGAGGGGAGAAGAAGACUGAUACCAGCUGUGAUCAACUGCAGAAAAGCCAUUUUUGCUGGCUGUAAUCUCACUGCUCAGUCCUGUGAAAUUGUGUCAUCAGCUCUACAAUCCUCAAACUCUGUCCUGAGAGAGCUGGAUCUGAGUAACAAUGACCUGCAGGAUUCAGGAGUGAAGCUGCUCUCUGAUGGACUGAAGAGUCCAAAUUGUCAGCUAGAGAUACUGAGGUUGUCAGGCUGUAUGGUGACAGAGGAAGGCUGUGGUUAUUUGUCUGCAGCUCUGAGGUCAAACCCCUCACAGCUGAGAGAGCUGGAUCUGAGCUACAAUCACCCAGGACCAUCAGGAGUCCAGCUGCUCAACCACAAACUGGAGGAUCCAAACUAUAAACUGCAGAUACUCAAUUUGGAUCAUGGAGGGCCCUUCAGGAUCAAACCAGGACUUCGAAAAUAUGCCUGUGAUCUCACACUGGAUCCAAACACAGCAAACAAUCAACUCAUGCUGUCUGAGGAGAACAGAAAGAUCACGUAUGUGGAAGUUAAUCAACUGUAUCCUGAUCAUCCAGAGAGAUUUGCUGAUAUUCCUCAGGUUCUGUGUCAAGAGAGUCUGACUGGACGCUGUUACUGGGAGGUUGAAUGGGGCACUUGGGCCCGUAUAGCAGUGGCCUUUAAAGGGAUCAGCAGGAAAGAAGGGACUGUCUGUAAGUUUGGAUACAAUGACAAAUCCUGGAGUCUGAAUUGCUCUUUAAAAGGAACUGCUGUUUGGCACGAUAAUGUCUUCACUAUUGUCACACAUUCACCUCCCUCUACUAGAGUAGGCAUUUAUCUGGACUGGUCUGCUGGCACUCUGUCCUACUACAGGGUCUCUGACACACACACACUCACACACUUACACACAUUCAACACCACAUUCACUGAACCCCUCUAUGCUGGAUUUAAGGUGUUUAAGUCUGAACUGUCUCUGUGUCAGAUUUAACAGCAGACACACACAACUGGCUAAAAUACACUGACUUCCCCUCUCUAACACACACACAGCCUACCUCUGACAAUGCUUCCUACCUCCAUUAUAAUCUUGGCUAUAUGUCUGAUGACACCUCUAAGAAUCACUGUGUACCGUAUAAUGUAUGUUUUAUAUAGAAUAUAACUAGUAUAUAAUGUGCAUAUAUAACCGUAUAUAAUGUAACUAAAUUAGUGUAUGAAAAUGCAAUACAUGUAAACGUCUAUAAAAACAUGCUGUAAAACGUGAGUGUGUUAAAAUACUAAAUAUAGUCAAUCAUAA